GCAUUCCCUGUUCUAUCAGUCUAUCCUAAGUUUUUUUUUGUUCUGUGGGUCACACUUUCGCUCUAUCCCCUCUUCUAAAUUUUCAGUUUUGUAGUUAUACCCGAGGUAGGUUCCCUCUUCUGACGCGUUUCGGCAUCAGGCAUGCGUGUCGCCCAGAAAAUGUUGAUAAAAGCCUGGCCCCCGGCGGGCAGAAUAUUGAAAGUGAAAUUGCAUGCCCCUGCCAACAGGGGCGUUCAUCCACCGAACGCCAAGGCUGCCAAGGACCCCUUCAAGAACCCCAACAGCUGGCAGUCGAUGCGCGAGUUCUUCCUUCAUCCGAUGACCUGGGACAAGAACAACGGCUACUUCAAUGUAGUCCUGGGCCUGGCAAUAUUCGGAUUCUGUUUCUUCAACUCGUGCGCCCCCUGCGAGCACGACAGGCGGGAGAAGUCAGCGCGUCCGCCCGUAGCUCCGUUCCAGGGCAAGGAUAACUGAGCGGGACUCACCUUGAUUGCAGACGCAGACCAGACCGGUAUUGGUGGACCGGCACUGGGCAUUCAGAUCGCAGAGCGUGGGGUUGUUCAGGCAGUUCUGCUCCUCGAUGCACACGUAGCCGUCGCCCCUGUAACCAGCAACGCAUUGGCACUCGUAGUGGGCAGGAUCUCUGAAAUAAAUGAAAGGAUAAUGAAGAAUAGUUUGCGGUUUGUGGAGUGGGAGACUUACUCCGUGGGCUGGCAAGUGGCGUGGAUGCCACAGGUGUUUCGCAGGUUGCAAGGUAUGGGUUUGCUGACGCAUCCCACCAGGGCAUCGCCCUGAUAGCCCUCCAGGCAGUCGCAGUACUGGACACCCUGCUCGGCGUCCCACUUGCAGAUGGCGUUUGAUCCGCAGAAGACACUGCCACAACGUCCGGCCGGAACACAUCGAUCGCUCACAUCCCGCUCGAACUCCGGCUGGCACCGGCACACUCCGGCAUCGCAGAAGGCAUUCUCCCCGCAGUGCUCAUUGGCCUCGCACUCGGCAGCCAGUUGGCAGCGGAAGCCAUCACCCUCGUAUCCACGAUUACACUGGCACUCGGACUUGCCCAGCUGCUCGUUGUACUCGCAUGUGGCAUGCGAAUCACAGAUUUCGGGUCUCUGUAUGGAAAUAAAAAAUUGUUUGAUAGGGAUGCGGUAAGGGAUCUAAUCACCACUUACGAUGGCGCAGGAGUCGUCGAUGGGCUCGCAGGUGUAGCCAUCGCCACUGAAGCCGGGAGAACAGGUGCAAAUGUGACGCAACUCGUGUUCAUACCAGUUGCAUGUGGCAUUGAUAUGGCAAUUGGCAUCCACAUCGCAGGGAACUGUAGGAAUCGCAAACACGAUAGGAUUUAAUAAAGUAAAGUCUUAAAUUUUA